CCUCUAACGCCUUCUAAUAAAGAUGUUAAUAUGAUGACUGCACGAGGCCGAGUGUUGCAUUCACGUUGCGCUUAUAGGGUCUGGGUUUUUUCCUUCUAUGUAAAGCCAUGAUUUUCUUGUGUGUUUGUGGCCAAUGCGCAAACGUAGAGCUACCACAGAUUAGAAGCAAAAUGAAGCUGCAGUAAUAUAUUCAUAUAUGAAGUACUGACAGCCAAUCAGCUGCUACUAUUGCGUGAAAGAGGCGUGGCACGGAACUCCUGAAUAUCCAACGAGCGCGCUCCGUGGGUAAGGAGAAGAAGAGGCUCGGUGUGGUGUUGUUUUUGACUUUAAAAAGCUGCAUUUUCGGAGCUAAAAGGCUCAAAAUCAGCGAUAGUGUCGACUCCAGCGGCUAAACGCGGUUCUUGUGUUCCUGUUUUUCGGACGCAGCUCUCGGUAAAAAAAAGGCAGCGUCGCCUCGGUGUGCUCGGAGCUCGGCACGGAACAAUGCCUGGCGAAGCCGCGAUGGCAACGGAGCUCCAGCCCAGCGGUAAUACCGCUACAGCGUCACCCCAGAAGUCUUUCCCUUUUGUUUUAAAGAAAAUUAUGGACAUACCUCCUCCGAACAUCCUGGAUGAAGGAGAAGACGAAAUAGAGAAGGAGAAGCUGUGCUCAUCUGAAGAUGUGGAUGGAGGAGGGGCUGUGGCAACGAAUCCUGGUGGAGGCUCCAGAGGAGGUGGUGGUGGAAGUGGGGGCAGUGGAGGGGUAUCAGCCUCCCUGACCCCAGCCAUUUGGGAGAAGACCAUUCCGUAUGAUGGGGAGACAUUCCACUUGGAGUACAUGGACUUGGAUGAGUUCCUCCUGGAGAACGGUAUCCCUGUGACCCUGGAGGAGGAGGAGCUGCAGAAGACACUGACAGUUGAAGACAAAGGCAAAGUCAUUCCCAAGGCUAUUGCAGCAGCUACCACCACCACUCCUACUACUACUACUGAAACAGCUACUCCCGCUACUCCUGUUGCUGCAGACUCAUCAUCUCCCCCCUCUGCCUCCAUGGCCACCCCAGAUCCAGAGGAGCCUGUGACAGUCACCACGUUACAACCGGCUAAGCUAGAAGAAGAACAAGAAGAACAAGAAGAAGAGGAAGAGGAAGAGCAAAAAGAGGAAUCUUUGCCUGAGGAGGCAACGCCAAAAGCAGAAGUGAAGAAAGCAGAACGUAACACGCCCUCCCCGAUCGACCCAGAAGCCAUUGAGGUGGACAUUAAUUUCCAGCCAGAUCCCACAGACCUGGUCCUGUCCAGCGUGCCCGGGGGUGAGCUGUUCAACCCUCGCAAGCACAGGUUCUCCCAGGAGGAGCUGAAGCCGCAGCCAAUGAUCAAGAAGGCCAAGAAGGUUUUUGUUCCCGAUGAGCAGAAGGAUGAGAAGUACUGGUCAAGAAGAAAGAAGAACAAUCUGGCAGCGAAGCGUUCCCGCGAUGCACGCCGCCUUAAGGAGAACCAGAUCACCGUGCGUGCAUCCUUCCUGGAGCGUGAAAAUGCUGCUCUGAGGCAGCAAGUGGCUGAGCUGCGGAAGGACUGCGGUCGCUGUAAGAACGUCCUGGCUCGAUACGAAGCCAAGUACGGCCCACUGUAAAAAAAUAAAUAAAUAACAGAAAAAAGGAAAAAAAGAAAACUCACAAUAAAACCCAUGACGAGACAAAAGCAGAACUCCCUUCCCCGCAAAUUUCAACACAGAUAUAAACACCUAAGGAAUCUAAAUUUGCACUGUUGUCUUUGCUGACCUCCAGUCACUGUGUUCGGCUCCAGUUUCUAACACGACGCUGGAGUUUUGGAUACACACUGGCAGACAGUGAGGCAUGAUGGGAGCGGUGGUCACAGGAAGGCCUGUGGAGAGCGCCUGGCUCCUACACUCGGAGAGGAAGUGGACCGUUCUGGAUUCUCCCAUGGUCAAACACACAUGGAAAAUAUGGUCGUCUCGAGAAAAGUUCAAAGAGAGUCACGCGACAUGAAAAGAGCGGGUCGGUUAGAAAGAAUCACACGCUUUCAAAUUCGAUACAGCAGUUUCCGUCAGAGCACAGCACACCUUAAUGGACCAAAGCACGAGUAGCGUCAGUCAGAAGUUGUGUAUUUAGAAAGGUGCACAUGUGCACCUGUUUUCCUUGUGUUGCACUUAAUUAGGAGGCUCAGAAGAAGAAGAAUAUUUACUAAAGUGUAGCAGUGUAGGAGAGGAACAGAUGAAAAGUGAGCCGGAGUCAGGUUCAAGGUGGUACUCCCAGUCUGGAGAAGGUAAGAGGGGGGAGACCUCAGGAAAGGGGUGGUCCAGUCAGAGUUCUUCCGUCACACAAGCACGCCUCUGCACACUCUUUAAAAACAACUGUUAUGUAUAUAUAAUCAUCUCUCUGCACCAUUUUUAUAGUGUAUAAUCCAUUUUGCACUUUUUCAUUAAAAAAAGAAAACACACACGUGGUGUGUGGAGAUUAAGCUGGUAGCAGCUGUCUACCUUAUUAACAAUGAUCACAGUGGGAGCUGUUUUAAUGGUAGCAUACUAAUGAAAAUGCAAAGUAGGUCUAAAGUUUAAAGCUUCUGUGAUUUUUAACAUCUUUUUUCUACUAAGAUCAGCUUCCAGAGCCUCAAAGAUUCAGUGAAGGAGCAGAUUGUUUUAUAUAUGGGGAAAGAGUAGUAGUUUCUGUCUGUGGGUUACUGUUAAGGGCAUGCUGUGCAUUUGAUCUCCAAGGCCUUCGAUUGUAGAGGGGUAUGUUCACAUGUACAGUACUACGCACAUGUCUUGUGCCACCCUUCAUUUCCUAAAAUUUUGCUCAUAAAGUGGGAUAUAGAUGCAGGAUUUUAUUGACCUGUGCAAACAUACAUGGAAAUACAGUAUCUAAGACAAAAACAGAGUUUUUAUAAUUGUAACCAGCUUGAAAGUUGAUAUUUGGAAGGAUCACCUUAUUCUUCAACACAGCCUGAUCUCUCUUAGGCAGCUUUCUUCUCAUUUCUUUAAGUCGUCUUCAGGAAUAGUUCUCCAGGACAUUUAAAGCUCUUCUUUGGAUGUUUCUGCUGUUUUGGUCUGUCCUAUGUUAACAUGACUCUACACUGCUUCAAUAAUGUUGAGGUCUGAGCUCUGGGGAGGCCAAUCCAUGACUGAUGUUUUUCUAUUUGAGUAUGCUUUCACUGCGUUGUUUGAGAUGAUUGCCAUUCUGAAAAAUGAAGCUGUUUCCAAUUACAACACUUUCCACGUAGUAUUUUAUGAUGGCUCAAAAUCUAACAGUACUUUUCUGCCUUCAUAAUUUAAUCAAUAGUAACAAGAUCUGAAAACUGUUUAAUGCCCAUCAAACUGUUACUUUUGAUCUUUUGCGUAGAUUCAACAAAAAAAUUUAAACAAGUAUGUGUUUUGUGACAACUGCUAGUAACAAAAAUACAAUUUAAAAUGGGUUCUUUGCUAAUUUGUCUGUCAUCUGUAAACUUUUUAAUACUGGCCUUUUUUAAUACUUAAUAAAUUCCUCUGAAAAUUGUCUGGUACGAGGACUGAACUGGAAUAGUGAAAAAGCAGCCAGUGUCAAAAAAACAACUUUGAAAGAGCUUUUUAGAAAUCCUGGAGAACUAUUGCUCAAGACUACUUUAAACAAUAACAAAAUGUGGCUCCUUGAAAGCAAAAUAUAAAGAAAUGAGGGGUGGGUUUAAGAGUUUUUCACAGUGCUGUUGGGAUGUUUAUUUACUGCACACUGCAGUUAGUGUGCUAGAGUCACUGCCUGCCUAACGGUGUAGAGAGAACUGGAUUGAUUGGUUGCUUUUUGUUUUUUAUCUUAAGCAGGCUCAAAGUCGGCUGUUUCUGAACCUUGUAAAUAUGUCUCCUGGUCUUUAUUUUGCUAAGACGGGGACUCUGUGUCUUUAUUAACCCUACAAUAUUCCUUAUAUUUGCCAAAUAGUUGAAUGAGUGCUGUAUUUAUUCUUGGGUAAUAAUGCAUUUGUUGAUUGUGAUGUACAAACAAUGUGUCAGAUAAUUUUAUUUCUUUUUAGGAACAAUACCUAUAUAAUGAAACCAAUGACAAAGCAGGGAAUUCAAAGGGUAAACUGUGCUUUUGGAUGUUUGUUUUAAAAACAGGUUUAUAUAGUAAUGUGGGCUUUAUUUUUUUGGGGUGGGGUGUUGUGUUCUGAACACACAAAGGACAGGGUGCACUCUCCUUUACCUCAUCCAACACUUGCUACUGUGAAAGGUAAAACAUGGAGCAUGGCUACAAAGUGUUGGUUGAAGCAAAGAACACGUACAAAGCAGCUUAGCUCCAUUUGGCAAAACCUUAAAUCCGACUUUAUAAACUGAGUUCUUUCCGCCAAAGCGUCUGUGUGAAUCUUGAUUAGUAAAUAUGUUGCAGACUGUUAUGGGACUCUGUAUCUCAAACUUAUAAUUUUUUUGAUUUUUAUCAGCCAGCUUGUGCUCAUAAUCCUGGAAAGAAAAUAAAUGUGGCAAUAAUACUCUGUUAUGUAAUGCUAGUUUGAUUUCAGUAGUGAUGUUGUAUGUAUACUUACUAUGAUGUACUAAAUAGAAAAGCCCCAAAGUCAUUCGUGCUUCCAGUUCUCAAUUCUCUGUAGUCCGGGAUCUUAAUGCAUGAAACCCAGUAAACCUGUCUGUCUCUC